UCACAUGACUAGUUGCCCUUUGACCUCGAAACGCGUGAGCCGGUGAACAUGGCGUCGGUAGUUCAGUCUUACCUCGGAGUGUACAGCGAUUGUUUUUCUGUACUAGGUGUCCUUGCGACAGCCUAUGUAGCUUUAAAAAUAUUUAGAUGGGAAUACAAUUUUCUGAAAGAGCAUUUCUUGGGACCAGCGCUUGGGCUGUCAGCAAACGUGAAGAAAGCAGGGCCAUGGGCAGUGGUGACAGGCUGCACAGAUGGUAUUGGCAAAGCAUAUGCAGAACAGUUGGCUAAGAAGGGUCUCAAUAUUGUACUGAUGAGUAGGACCCAGUCCAAACUGGAUGAUCUCGCCAGAGAUUUAGAGAGCAGGUUUCACAUCCAGACUCGAGUGAUUGCAGUGGACUUCACCCAGACGGAGAUCUACUCACGAAUUGAGAGGGAGCUACAGGGGCUGGAGAUAGGAACUCGGUCAGGGGCUGUCAACAAUGUCGGUAUGGCCUAUGAGUUACCCGAGUACUUCUUCAACAUACCCAACAGAGAAAAGAUGGUUAAAGAUAUGUUGAACUGCAAUAUGCUAUCGAUGGUGAUGAUGACCAGCAUCGUGACGCCAGGCAUGAUUGAGCGUGGCCGUGGUAACGUCAUCAACAUUGCGUCAAGUGCUGCUGAAAGGCCAUUGCCACUUCUGGCAUUAUACUCUGCCUCUAAGGUGUUCAUGGACUACCUCACUAAAGCACUCCAGAUUGAGUAUGGAUCUAAAGGCAUAACAUUCCAGUCUGUGAGACCAAACUUUGUCGCCACCAAGUUGAGUGGUAUUCGUCGUUCCAACCCCUUCUGUCCCUACCCAGACCAGUAUGUACGGGCUGCUCUUGCUACACUUGGCAUCACCAACUCCACAAAUGGAUACUUCAUGCACACAAUACAGAGUACAAUUACGGUCCUCCUGCCUGAUUUUGUUGUUUUCAACUUCUUGAAAUCGGCAAGGAAGGGAGCCCUUAAACGCAUAGAGAGGAAGAAGGCCAAAGAAAAUUGACCAGCUUCAGUGAACGUAAUAUAAUAUCAUUUUCUUUGUAAUAUCAUUCUGAAAUGAAAGCACUUUAUUCUUUUCAUAGUUUGACUGGGAUAUUCCUUUUUGCUAUUUAUAAUAGAAUUUGCAUUUCAAUACAUCAAGGCAUUACUUAUCACUGUAUAUCAUGUCUAAAAGUUGAAAAGUCAUGGCCUCUGUACAGACAUUUGUUUCGUUUACCAAGAAAAUUAUGUGUUGAUUUAUUCUUGUUAACUGAAUGACAUGUUCUGGAUGAUUUGACUGAUUGAAUUAGAGAUGUCAGCAAUUUACAAAUGAUGGAAAAGUCAUAUCUUCAAGUGGUUAAUGCGUUCGCUCGUCACAAGUUCGAUUCCCCCAUAUGGGCACAAUGUGUGAAGCCCAUUUCUGGUGUCCCUGCCGUGAUAUUGCUGGGAUAUUGCUAAAAGUGGCGGAAAAUUAAAUUCAAUCACUGUAUCAUUCAAGGCCUGAGUAUAGUCAUUAUUUUUCCAAGGUUGUCAGCACCAACUAUGCACCUGUAUGUACCUGUUAUAAAGAUAACCAAAUCCCUCAAAAUGGAACAUCCACUUCACAGAUAUAGAUUGUUUUUUGUUGUUUCGUAUGAACCAGGAGUUUGCUGUGUGUUUCUGCCUGCAGUGUGGGACAGAUGAAUUAUUGUGUGAGUGAUAUUCUGAUUUUGAAAUGCGAUACUAUAAACAGCCUUUACACGGUCAUUUUGUUUGUUAAUCACAGUGAUUUGUUGUGAGCAAUAUUGUCCAAGGAAACAAUGCUUGUUUUUACACAAAUGAUACAUUGUGUUAGUUCUUUUCUUGUUCUUUUCUUCAGGAACUUUUUAUUUUUAUCACAUUUUUCUUUACCUAUCUGAGAAUUUAUAAUAAACACAAAAUUACAAAUUU